CAUUUUUGUGACCAUGAUAUGCUUCUCCUUGGAUAAAUCAUCACCAUUUCUUUCCUAAGAUCCAUUUAGUUCUUACUAAUGAACCAUUUUCCUUGUCUUACUAAGGAAUGUUUAACAUGUCCGAAAAAAAAGAAACAAAAUUCAAAAUGGCGCCAGUUUUGGAAUCCGCUGACAAGUUAAAUAUUAGGCGCGCUUCUCAGGUAACCGCUCACUAAACAUGGCAUCCACAAAAACAAAUCUACCUGCAUGGUUACUGCUCUCUAAAGACGAUAUCACAAGAUCUGUUGAGUGGAAGGAUUUAACAUCAGAGCUUUUCGAUGCAGUGCAACAUCAGCUUACAGAAAACCACGUGUCUUACUUUUCCGAUCUCACAGAUUCAGAGAAAGUCAUGUUUCUUGAUCGUGCUGGUAAGCUUGUUCGUGACAGCUCUUCGUAUCAAAAGCUGAUGGCAACAGUUUCGGAAACUCUUGAUCGAAAUCUAAAUGAAGAAGUUACCCAAACGAUUAUCGAUGCAUCGAAUACACGUACAAAGGCAGAACUUCUUCUUCAAGAAUCCUCGAAAGCGUCCAUUAGUUUGUUGCAAAGGUGGCCGGAUCUUAAAACCAAAUUGUUUGCUUGUUUGAAUCGUCCUUUACCGACAGAGUUGCGAAGGGCAGUAUGGAAUUGGUUUCUAGCGAAUCCGAUCGUUCGAAAAGAAUAUUUAGAAAAGCUUUCGAGAAACAAACAAGACACUGUUUCACGACACGAUGCAGCCAUUGGACAAAAGUGCAAAGCUUUCUUGUCCUCAGAAUCAAGUCAUUUUAGGCUUGAAUCUUAUCCAGCUUUGCUGAAUAUCAUGAAAACUUCAAUAUCCUACCGGGACGUGAAAGUUAGUAGCACAUCAACGAUAGUUGACACAGACUUCUUGUUGGCCAUACCUUUUGUGAAAGUAAUGGUUGCAGACACUCAUGUUCAACUGAUAAAUGCUGAGGAAAUUGCAAGCUUUGUUGAAGUUUACUUUACCUUCUUGGAUUCAAGACCAUCUUUAAUGAAGGACUCCAAAUCUAAGGAAUUCCUGUUAGCACAAAAACAGUUUGGUAGUAAAAUGGCUGACUACUUGAAUUCCAAAGAUCAGCAGCUUGCAUUAACUCUGCAGAGAAUAUUUUCACAUGACCAGACAACUCAGUUGGCAGAAAGUCUGGCAGCAAUCAUGAGGUCGUAUGCAAGGUGCAUGUUUGUUGGGUUUCUUUCCCUUGAUGUGGUUUGCUACAUUUGGGACCAGUACAUUCUGAGUAUGAAACUUCCUUCCUUCAACUGUAUUGCGACAUUCUCUGCUGUCAUGCUGCUGUUGUUGAGAGAUGAAAUCUUAGUGUGCAGAAAUACCAAAGAGAUUGAGGAAGUUUUGCUCGCUGGGAGCAAAAAACUCACCAUAAGAGACUUUCAAAGAGUGAUUGAUCAUCAUUUCAUGGCUGAUUGGCAGAGGUUGGUUACAGAAGAGGUUCAUGGUUCUGAUUUACCACUUGUGGAUCCAGUAGCAACAGUUGGUAGGUCUGCGCACCCCUGGUCUGGGUGGUUCCGGGGGCAGCCUCCCACUCGUCAGCGAGUCGAAGACCGGCGGCAGACUCGCGAGGAAAGAGAACAGGAACGACGGAGACAACUCAUGGAACAUCGACGAGAAGAAGCCAGGAAGAAGCAAGAACAAAAGGAGGAGAUGCGACGUCGUGAACAGGAGAUGAGGCAAGAGUUUCAAGCACAGAAAAAACGUGAAAAGGAAGGAAUCGUAGCGCUCGAGAAAGAGCUCAAACGUGAAAGACAAGAGCGAUCAUCUGUGGAAAAGAAGAAGGAUGAAGAGAUUGCACGGUUGCAAGUCGAACUUGCGAGACUAAAACGAGUUACUCCAGUCACUAGCCCUGCUAUACGCUCCUCUGGUGCACCUUCAGUGAAGGAGCCAACUCCAGUAAACCCCAGUCCUCGUCUUUCGAGAGCAUCGCGUCAACAGGUCGAGGACAUGGUUCGGUCGUUACUAGGAGCGACGCUUCACAGCCUAGAUUUAGUGGCCCACGGUUCAGAGGAACAGCGGACAAAUCUUGAUAUAAUCACGAAAGACGCUUUGCAGACAAACAGUGACCAGUACAAAGAAGCAGAAAGAGAGUUGUUCGGCAGGGAACUUAACACCGACGAUUGGGACAGAAUGGACGAGGAAGAACGCUCGGAGAACACUAGGAAGCUUAUGACAAGGUUGAAAGAGAUGAGAGACGAAAGCCGGCUUAACGCAACAUGAACACAGGAGCUAGUAACUAAAACAUCUUCAGUGCGUGUGUGCACUUCAUAUGCAACAUUUUAAAGAGUCUAUACCACGGCUUGCGUAACUGCUCGGCUUACUACUUUGCUCAAUUAAAUGGAUACUCCGGAGAAUAUCAUAAUACCUCAGUCGUAAGUGAGCAGGUCUGAGAAGUACCUGACACAAGCCUUUGUCUGUUAUGCGCAAGUUCAUUAUUACUGCUGGAGGGGUCGUUUCGUUGAUUCGAUUCAAGGUGAACUCUGAACGUUUUGUUAUGUGGUCAAGAUUUCAUCACAGAGGAUAAAUACGAAUUAGUCCUCUGAACUUUAAAGUCGCCAGAACUGAAAACUUAGCUAAUUGACCCUUGCAGGGCUUUUAUUUCAAUACAAAAUUCAAAUUGUCAAGAAAUUGAAGCAAAGCACGUGCUAAGAACAGUAGACAUUGGAAUAAAGCGUAGAUCAAGUACCAGCAAAAAAAUCCCAUGUUUAAAAAUGGUAGGGUUCAUUAGGUCACUAAAUAGUUGUACAAUUUUUUUUUUUUGCGAAAUGCCGGAAGUAGUAACACUUUGAGGUUAUUGCCGUCACUUACGUGUAGCGUGAGGUGUUGUCUUUGUUAUGAAGGCGGCGUACAUUCUCGAGUUUGGAGUUCGCGCAGAUGGUGGAGUCGAAAUUCUAGUUUAGAGAAUUAUACUUGAUUUGACUGGAUGAAUAUUGAAAUAACUGACGCUAAUUUCAUAUUUCUCGGAUUUACUUAGAAGAACCAGGUUACUUCCAGCUUUUACUUGAGAAAUUUACUAGGGUUUUUUACUAAAGCGACUUACCGGGUUUUUUCGGGAAUACUUUCUUGUGAGGUUCGCUUCUCCUUGCGCAUACGAGGGCACGUUACUGUUUACAAAUGCGCAGACGCAGAACUUAGGUAUCCAAUUGGUUAUUAAAAAAAACAAACAUAAUCACAAGAUGUGAAUCUCUACUGCACAUAAUUACACCGCUUGAUUUGGACGAGAACUUAAGACAAUGGCGAAACAAAUUGUCAUUUCCAAAUAAACGAGUAUGGUGGUCUC